GACGUGUCUGAAAGCAAGUCCCGGAUAUUUGGCUCCUGUGAGCUGGAAUAAAAUCCUCUAUUUAGCAGUUUGUGCGCAGUUGUGUGUGAUUUUUGAUGUGACUUCGAAACGUGAACGGAAAUUAGCGUGUGUCAAACCAGCAGUGAACAUUAAAUUUACGCGCGUUCGCAUGUGCGGUGUUUAGGCGAAGGCGUCGAAGCGAGUGUGGACGAAUGUUCCAUUAUCCGGCCGGCGUGUUGGGCUGCGUUCCGGUUUGCUACGACAAACGAUAGACAUAGAAGUAAAGCAAGCAGAAACCAGUAAAAUUAGGAUCAGUAUUCGAUUGGUUAGCAAGAACUAAUAAGCCGGUUUUUGAAGCACCAUCCAUCCCUGCCCUAUUCGAUAUUUGGUGGCAAAUGUUCGAAUGCUAAAAUUACUACCCGUCCGUCAAUAGUAGGCAAUUGUGUUUGGACAAAUCGUUGGAAAGGCUAGCGGCGGCGCCCGAGAACACGCGUGUGCGCUCUUAGGUAUUGGUGGUCUCUCCGGCCCAGGCGCUACGUUUUUGACGGCUCGGCGCUCGAGCACGCAGUUGUACAUGCAGGAAGAGGCCAGCUGCAGUCCACGGAAGGCUGCCUCUGCUCUCGACCGAAGCGACGACGACUCCAUUUGCCUUUGAGCCAGUACUACGCAGUUGUGGUAUGCUGGAAAGUCUUUCGGGCUUUCGGUCGCUGUAGCCUGCGGUAGUCGAAGAGAGGAAGAAAGGAAGGAAGAAAUAACCGAGUGCGCACCCCCCGUCCCGUUUUCUUUUCCCCAUCCUCCGGCUUGGGUCGUUGUGGGUUUCUUCUUCCUCGCGGUAUAGUAUGCGAUAAAGGCAGUCGUCCCGUAGGAUCGUCGUAACGGCCGUGUCUUGUAGGAGCCAUCGUCGAGGCUUUGUUCGUUUGGUGGAACGUCGUGUUUUUCGUGGUCGUCGGACUGCACACGUUCGUGCGUAGCGUGCGAUAAAAGACCGGUUGUGGAGCGAAUUCUACCGAUCAACCGAAAAUUUAACCGACAAUUUCCUAUCAACCAUCAAGACUAGCAAUAGCUAGAAAUAAGAAUUAUCGAAAUAAAAGACUGCUCAUCCGCCCCACCAUCAGCGGCCGGACAUUUUGUAGAGAAUCAGAUUUUUUCAGUUCCAACGCGAACAGUAGACGUCGUUUGUGCAUAUAGAUUUUGUUAGGAACCUCCGAGCAGAGAAAGUUUAAAACCAUGGAGGACGACUCUGCUGCAGUUGUCGCAAACGGGGUUGGUGGUGGCAACGGGCCAUCGCUUAAUGGCAGCGGCGUGGAGGCGGCAGGUAGUCCGCCGUCGUCGUCGGGCAGUCCACCGUCGAACGGCGUGAACGGCGACGAUGCGCUGAUGAAGCGACCGAUGCUACCGAUGGAGGGUAGGAUGAAGAAGCGCGUGCGCCGUUCGUCGGUGCUGGUCGGUCGGGACAGCAACGGUGGCGGGACUGCAACGCUCGGUGUCGCCGGCCGGCCAAACUUUGUCGCGCCGCACCGGAAAUGGAAAAAUUCGCGCCACUCGCGCACCAUAUACGGGCGCGGCCUGCCCAAGAAGGGGGGCGCCGGCGGUAAGGGCGUUUGGGGGAUGCCUGGGUCAGAGGUUUACGAUGAGCUGGACGAGGACCCUAACGACCCCAACUUCGACAUCGAUGCGUACAAUAGCUCGCACAAUGUCGAGCUGAAAGAGAUUGUGCCGCAGAUGACGGAGGAGGAGUUUGUGAAGAAGGUGGAGACGAUCAUCCACGAGUAUUUCGAGCACGGGGACACGCACGAGGUGGCGGACGCGCUGCUUGAGAUAGUAAAGCCGGAAUGGAAGGCACUCGUCAUCAAGACGAUGAUCGCCAUCGCUUUUGAUCACAAGCAGUCCCAGCGGGAGCUGACGUCGAUGCUGCUCUCGGAUCUCUACGGGCGGCUCGCUACGUCCCAGGACAUUAAAGAUGGUAUCGAACUACUGCUGGCGGACUUGUCGGACAUUAUGCUCGAUACACCGGACGCGCCGAACCUGGUGGGCAACUUUAUUGCCCGCGCGGUGGCCGACGACUGUCUGCCUCCGAAGUACGCGUAUGAUUACGACCGGGAGGAACUGGAUGGGCACGCGCAGGCGGCACUGAUGCGUGCCACCGCGCUGCUCAGCAUGCACAUGAGCUGGGGCCACCUCGACAACGUGUGGGGCGUCGGUGGGGCGCUGCGCCCGGUGCAAACCAUCACGCGGCAGAUGCUGAUGCUCCUGCAGGAGUAUCUGGUGUCGCGCGACCCGAUCGAAGCCCAGCGUUCGAUCAAGGAGCUCGAAGUGCCGCACUUCCACCACGAGCUCAUUUACGAGGCCAUUAUCAUGACUCUUGAAGCCUUUAACGAGUCCAAAGAGAUCGCCAUGUGUGAGCUGCUUCGCACACUUGACAGUACCUGCAUCGUUUCGCCGGACCAAAUGGAACGGGGCUUCCGGCGCGUCUACGAGGACCUGGCCGACAUCGUGCUCGACAUACCGCUGGCGUAUUCGAUUCUGGACCGCUUCAUGCAGCGCUGCCGCCAGGCCGGUUCGUUCUUGAGCGACAACCUCAUCAAGGAUAUGCCUACACGAGGCCGCAAGCGCUUCGUCUCCGAAGGCGACGGUGGUCAGAUUAAGCAGACCAGUCUCUUACAUCGUGAUAUUUAAUGUGCUGUCGACCGACCGGAAUCGCCAAUCACAACACCCCCCCAACCCCUCAAAGAUCAUCAUCACCCGCAGCACGAUGACGUGCAACACACAAUACAACGCAUGGCAAUGCAAACCGCCGAUAAAUCCCAGUGAUUAUGGAUGAUACUAUUGAACUAAACCAAAAAGGAAAUUGGUCGACGGAGAAAGAGCCAUGUUGUUGGGACAAAAGAGAAGAUGAAAACGUUUGGCAUGUGUUCUUGGCCAAGGAUUUAGGCUAUUAUUUGGCUACGGAUGAAGAAAAGAAAGGGAAGGCGCUUAGCGAAUGAAUUAAAAAAGCUUGGAAAUUGCAUCCUGGGCAGAAAGAAGAGAAGAGUGAAUUUAUAAGAACACGAUCACGAAAAGUCACAGAGCGUGCGGAUAGUAUUUUUUUCAGCGAUCACAAUCGCGUUUCCUACACUUUCCUUAGGCAUGUAAUUACUUCAGCACUGUGUUUGCAAACAAAACAAUCGAAGGAUAGUAUCAUGUUUCAUCUUAACAGUUCGCUCAUUCACACAACGCAUGGAUAAAGGUAGUAGUCAUGUGUGAAAACUAUCAUUUCAGCAGGAGAUAGAAAAUCAGAGGCGCUAAAGGGAGAUGGGAGGGUAGGAAAGGAUACGUAGGAGGAUCCGAGUCGGAGAUCGUAGUCGCAUUUUCUCCUUCCUGAUUUUGACUGUUCAAGGAACAGUCUGUAUAAUUAAGUUUUCAUCUUCAUGUUAUUUAGCGGAUAGAACUCGUUUAAAAAUAAGUCAUUCAGAGCUUUUCGAGAGAGACACUACAGGCAGGAAUAACGAUCAUCGCGCAGGAAGCGGACACAUCAUGAGAAAGUGGGAAGAGAAUGUUGCGCCAAAUUCGACCAGGAUCUUGAAUUAACGGUUUUGUGUCUAGGUUUUUUUUCGUAUUACUACUACACGUAUAGUGUGUUUUUUUCCAACAAUGGUUGUUCUUUUUUUUAGAUUUUUUGUUUGCCAUUUCACGCCAUUAUUGUCUUCUUUGAAAUGGUUUUAAAUUUCAUUUGCUUUUCAAUUUUGACUGGUAUUGAACCUUCGCGAUCAUGUUAUCACUCAGCUUUUUUUUAUUAUCUUACAAUCAGAACCUUUUUUCUUAAUACCCUUUUUUCAUUAAUCACUAUUCGAUUUGAACCCGUUUCACUUUUGCUACUUUCGAAAUAAUUCGCCAAUUUUAUAUGCAUUUUCUUUUAUUUUUAAUGGAAACUAAACUGAUUUGAUAACUUCAGAACUUUGAGUAAUUUUCAGUUUGAACCAGAUAGUACUACAAUCUUCAAUUAACACACACUUUGCACUUGGCGAAGAUAAAAAUAAUAAUAGCGCUCGUUUGGAGAUGGUGCGGAAUUCAAAAGGCCUCGGAAAGGUAGCAAGCGGUUUUGGUAAAAAGUCGAUGGAUGAGAGAAGAAAGGUGUGUUUCGGUAAGAAGCAGUUUUGGGAAAGAGAACGUCGAAACGAUGGAAUUAUGUUUUGAAAGGAUUGAAAGGCAAGACAGGCAUGAUGAAACAAACGGAAGAUUAGGAUCAGAACGAAACUGCUUAGGAGAGGAGUGCGUAUAGAAUUAACAAGAGGAAUAUCGUUUUUUCCUUUUCGAAGCGAGGUAAUAAUAAUGCGUUCACUUAAAAAGCCUCGAAACAUGAAUAGUGUGAGCCUUUCUCGAAACCAUUUACUAGCUUUUCUAUGAAUUCGGAAAGAAGCGAAAAUUAUACGUAUUCAUUUGUCACUUCCAGUUUUUUUGAACGUUAAAUACAUCAGAAUUUUGAAGCUAGGAAA